AUGGAAGUUGGUCAAGUGAUAAACAAGAAAUAUAUCAUAAGGAAGCAUAUUGGGAGCGGAUCAUUUGGAAAAGUGUUCAAAGGGAGAGACACAUUAACUGGAAAAGCUGUAGCAAUUAAGAGCGAAGACCUCCAUUGUAGAUUUCCAAAACUCAUCCCAGAAGCAAACUUCCUAAAUUCUUUGAAAAAUGGAACUGGUAUCCCUGCGCUCCACUUUCAUGGCUCAAAUGGCACUUGCAACUAUCUGGUUAUGGAACUUCUGGGCCGGUCUUUGGACAAAAUUUUUAAAUUCUGUCAUGGAGUAUUUAGUUUAAAAACUAUGUUGAUUUUGGCUCAUCAAAUGAUUGAGAGAAUUAAGUUUGUCCAUAAGAAAGGAAUUGUACAUAGAGAUAUCAAGCCACAAAAUUUUGCGAUUGGUCUAAGAGAAAAUAGUAACAAAGUCUAUCUCAUUGAUUUUGGGCUUGCAAAGCGAUUUAUGGAUGAGAAAACUCAUAAGCAUGUAGAGUAUAAAGAAAACAGAGGGCUAGUAGGAACUCUUUGGUAUAUUUCUAUUAAUACACAUUUGGGAAUAGAGUACAGUAGAAGAGAUGAUUUAGAAAGUAUUGGAUAUUUGCUUAGCUAUUUCAUGCAAGGCUACUUACCAUGGCAAACUAAUGAUACUUUGUUAAUGAGCGUGGAUUGUUGCACAAUUCUCGAAAAAAAGCAGACCACACGACUUGAAGAGCUUUACUACGGAUAUCCGAAUGAGUUUGUUCGAUUUAUGAUGCACAUUAAAGGGCUGAGAUUUGAUGAAAAACCGAACUAUAAAUACUUAAAAGGGCUUAUAGAGAAUAUUGCUUCAAGAGAAGGUAUCAAUUUGAAUGAUCGAAUUGGCUGAGAUGAAACCACAAGAAGUGCUACACCGAAGCCAGAUGCUGAAAGAAAGGGUUUUAGAAAAAAAAAAGUUAUCCAUAGAGUAAGGUCUGCUCAGCUAGAUAAUGGCCGGGGCUCUCAAAACUCUAAUGGUAAAAAUUCUGAAAAGAAUGAAUCAACAAAAUUAACCCCAGUGCUGCAUGACUAUAGAGGACCAAUUUUUGAAAACAAAGAAAUCAUUAUGCUUGAGCGAGUUAAGACUCUUGGAGCUGGUACAGAAUUUGAUAGUGCCUCAGAUACCAACUCUCGCGAGAUAUUCGGACUUAUAGAAAAAGAUUGUGGCUCAGUAGAAAAGACAAGAUCUUUUGAAAGAGAUCCAGCAUACAAAAUCACACCUGUCUUGGAAGACUACAAAGGGCCUGCUUUUAAAGAUAAACACACAAUAAUGAUCAAGAGAAAAAAAGAAUUUCCCAAAAUAUCUAUUGAUUUUGCUAGCAGCAAUGAAUCAAAUGAUAGCAAUUCAUAA